AUGUCCCAAGCUAACAUGUCCCAAGCUAGCAUGUCCCAAGCUAACAUGUCCCAAGCUAACAUGUCCCAAGCUAGCAUGUCCCAAGCUAGCAUGUCCCAAGCUAAUAUGUCCCAAGCUAACAUGUCCCAAGCUAACAUGUCCCAAGCCAACAUGUCCCAAGCCAACAUGUCCCAAGCUAACAUGUCCCAAGCUAACAUGUCCCAAGCUAGCAUGUCCCAAGCUAGCAUGUCCCAAGCUAACAUGUCCCAAGCUAACAUGUCCCAAGCUAACAUGUCUCAAGCUAACAUGUCCCAAGCUAACAUGUCCCAAGCUAACAUGUCCCAAGCUAACAUCUGCGUUUUCGGGCGUGUGAUUGAACAUCCUGCUGAUAACUCACCAUGGGGAACGCAGCGAGUCAAGUUCUUCAUCCACCCGCCGUUAUCAUGA